AGGGGAAAGGGGAAAUCUUCAACAAUGACUUCAUUAACAUGAUGUCCAACAUGAGCAGUACAACUGGACUUUACGGCCCCAUUACAACACUGGAUAUACGACUCUUUCCUUUGGAUUUAAUUCUUUACAUACCUCUGUGUCUGAUUCUACAUCAGUUCUCCUUGUAACAUGGAAGUUUGCUAAAGUUCCCUCCAUCCAAGACUUCAGACCUCAGAAGCAUGUUGAUCACAAAGAUUGAAGCCAAGGAGGCCUGUGAUUGGCUGCGAGCGGCCGGCUUCCCUCAGUAUGUGCAAUUAUUCAAAGACUGCAGGUUCCCCGUUGACAUAGAGUGGGCGAAGCGUGAUCACCACUUCCUGGAUAAGGAUGCCCUCGAUUCACUCUGCAGGAGAUUAAGCACUUUAAACAAAUGCGUGGACAUUAGGCUGGAGCCACGGAGAUCAAAACGCAGGGGAGAUGACUGUGAUGAAGAAGACUUCUGUGCCAUCAGCGCCAACUGGACCUACGACAGGCAGACGCGAGGAUGGCGACGCCUCAACUCCACAUUAGACUUCCUCCACUUGUCUGACAGCCCCACCGGACCCCAGGAGGUGUCUCUGCGUGAUGUCAGCGACCGCCAUGAUGUCUGCUCCAUCCACAGCUCCAGCAGCACUGAGAGCGAAGGUCACAGAGACACUACUACCGGCACAACCACCUCCGCAACCGCUACCGCCAGCACAACAGAUGACCAGGAGACCAGCAGGAGCUCCUCCCGCUGCUCCUCCACGAACAAGACACCGUCCCUGGACACCUCGUUCAGUGGACCCCCCUCCCCUGUUGGAAGUGGUAAAGGAACAUCCACCGUGAUUCUGGAAGCCGAAGGCUGCUUCCCAGACAAACCGCCCAGGAAGAAGGGCACCAGUUUGCUGAAGAAGAUGGAGAAACUAAGGCUGAGGGGGACAACUGGCCUCCCUUCUGCUCACAGUGGUGGCAGUAACAGCAGGAGUCGGGCCCGGCGCGUUAUCAGCGGGCCGGUUCUGGUCCAGGAGGAGGAGAGGAUGGAGAGGCUGCACUGCCCGUCAAGUCUGCAGGGUCGACCCAGCAGCCGGGCGUCUUCCUCGCCCUCGUCUCCUCACACCAUCAGCAGCAGCAGCAGCAGCAGUAACAGUAACAGCCACUCAGAGAGCAGCAGCGCUGUCAGUACGCCCAGCCCGGUCACCCGGGUCAGGAGCAACUGCAAACGCUCCAACAGUGGUGUUGGGAUCGGCGGUGGAACGACCCGAAACAACCAGAACCACACAGGAACAGAGGACUACAAGAACCAGAUCAACGACAGCAGCAGCCACGAGAGUCUGGUCUUCCAGAUCCCACACGGACACAAACCCGGGACCUUCCCCACUUCCCUCGCACACAAACAUCCCAUCCUGUCCCCCAUCAUCGACAACACCUCCGUCAACUGGAGGACCGGGAGCUUCCAUGGCUACCAGCGGCGACACAGUCGCCGCCAUGGCACGUCAUCACUGGCCACGGGUGACCAGGACCCCUCCUCUUCUUCCUCCUGUGAUGUCGGCGUCCCCAGCCCGCUUGCUGUGCUGGAUCAUCGGCUGAGUAUCUACGACAAUGUGCCAGACAACCAGCAGCUGUCUGAAAGUGAAGGCGGCAGUGGUGGAAGUGGCAGCGAUGCAGAACGGAUGGGCGAGGAGUCAGAGGGGAAUCGGCUGUUGGCAGGCGAAGACGUUUUCUCAGCUCUGGACAGCAUUUUGGAGCGGAUCAGCGACCUCCAACAACUGGUCUCCACCUGGUCCAAAAAUCUAUCCGAGGACGACUGUCAGAGAGCUUCCUCCGCCUCCUCCUCGUCUUCCUCCUCUUCCUCCCAGGACUCACCUGCCCAUUGCUCCUCAGCCACCUCCCCCUGCCCCUCCUCCCCCAGCCACAUCCACCUGGAGGUGCAGCAUCUGGAGGAGACGGAGGAGGAGGAGGCAGAGAGCUGUGAGAAGGUACCAGUGAACGGAGAGGAGUCGAACACGAGAUCGCCACAACUCAGGAGCAGCAGAGUGAGCCAGCAGCUGCACUGGUCCAGCGAGCAGAACCUGUCCACCUCCCUGCCCACCAGUCCAGGAGUGGAGAACCAGUCUGUCUCCCAGUUCCUCCUGCUGCAGAAACUCGCCCUGCUCAAACUCACCGCUCUGAUGGACAAAUACUCCCCGUCUAGCAAGCAGGGCUGGAACUGGACUGUUCCUAAACCGCUGAGGAAGACCAAGGUGAUGGAGAUGAAAGGCCGGCGGGUCUUUGGGAUUCCUCUGCUCCUGAGCGUCCAGCAGACAGGAGAGCCACUUCCUCCCAGCAUCCUCAGAGCACUGGUCUACCUGAGGACCGAGUGUUUGGACCAGGUGGGUCUUUUCCGGAAGUCAGGGGUGAAGUCUCGUAUCCAGUUCCUCCGUGAGCUGGUGGAAUCUGACCCAGACAGCGUUUCCUACGACGGUCAGUCUGCUUUCGACGUGGCCGACAUGGUGAAGCAGUACUUCAGAGACCUGCCUGAACCCAUCUUCACCAGCGCACUCUGCGAGUCCUUCCUCCACAUUUACCAAUAUUUUCCUAAGGAUCAGCAGCUGGUUGCGUCUCAGGCGGCCAUCUUGCUGCUUCCUGAUGAGAACAGGGAGGCGCUGCAAACGCUGCUGUUCUUCCUGCGGGACGUGGUGGCCUGCGUGGACGAGAACCAAAUGACUCCAACCAACAUCGCCGUUUGUCUGGCGCCGUCGCUUUUCCACCUCAACACCCUGAAGAGAGACGCCAACGCACCCAGGUCCAGUCACAGGAAGUACAGCCUGGGCCGCCCAGACCAGCGGGACCUGAGUGAGAACCUGGCUGCCACCCAGGGCCUGGCCAACAUGAUCACUGAGGCCCAGAGACUCUUCCAGCUUCCAGAGUUUUGGCCCGGUCAGUGUGCAGUGUCUGUAGGCCCCACUGAAGACUCCCUCUCUGAGGAGGGAGGAGGCCCGGUGUCCCCCAGUCAGAGUGGAGGUGAAGAGGAGCAGGAGGAAAGAAGGAAGCUGCAGCUGAGCACCCAGCACCUCCUGAAGGAGGCCAGAGAGAAGAGCCGAGGCUGGGAGGCCCGCCCAGCUCCAGAGCACGUGGAGCUGGCCUUCAAGAAGAUGGAUGAUGGCUGCCCACUGUGGAUGUGGCGUGGCUCCAUAGAGGUGGACGCCCCCCAGAAGGAGCUGCUCCACCGCCUGCUGAGGGAGCAGGAGCUGUGGGAGGGAAGUCUACGCCAGGCCGCCGUCAUCCAGACCUUGUCCAAGGACACCCAAGUUUACCGCUACCUCCUCCACGGCCUGGGCUCCCGGCCCUCACAGGAGCACCUGCUGCUCAGGACCUGGCAGGCAGACCCAUCCUCCGGGCCUCUGUACCUGUCCUCUGUAUCCACGGAGCACCCUGAGGUGCCGUUGGAGGGGGUUAGGGCUCACGUCCACUCCUGCCUCUACCUGCUGGAGCCCACAGGAGCCAGGAAGACCCGACUGACACACCUCUGUCGAACAGAUACCAGGGGCCGCUCGCAGGACUGGCACAGCAAAGUGAGCGGACAUCUUCUGGCCUCGGGUCUCCUGGCGAUCAGGGACUCCUUUAGAGCAGACCACAAAGAAACCAAGAUAUGAGUCGGAGCGGAAGCUGAGGACUUGAUGAUUUACAGAUGUUGCACUAAUCUGGAGUACUCAUCCCCAACUUCUAGUCUGGUUGAACUACAUCCCCUCCCACCUCAUGGCAGAACGCUGGAAAUAAAAACUACAGCAUCAUUUUCACAGGACCCUUUCUAAGUUUUAAAAGGGAAACUCGUGGCCCAGAGCACAGCAAGCAGGGAAGGUGACCUACGAGUGCUUCCCUAAACCAUUUGUGUCUCGGUGGCUUCUUUUCGAGUUGCUGUAUGCGUUUGCUUUUUUGUCAGUGACCUUGCAGAUUGCCAGCAGCACCCCUGCACUCCCUGCUGCGUCUGUUACGCUUCACACUCAAGUUCACAAAAAAAUGCAGACCAUGGCGAGCUUUGACAAAGGACGUUUUGAUGGGAGGAUGAAAAGCUGAGGCCCGGUUUGACUUCCAACUGAGGAAAAAGGCAGAGAUCGAGCCAGUGGACAGCACAGUGGCAUUUUUAAUCAGGAACUGACACUGGUACUUUUUUUGCCUAAAAUACGUUAUCAAGAAAACGAGAAUCACAAAUUUUAGGUUGAAGAGUCAUCGUUCUCCAUCAAAUUCUUUCCUAUAGCAAGAGAAAGAGGCAGGGGAACACAUGGCGGCUGCCUGGACGAACACAGGCAAUAAGGACAGAAAACAUCAGGAAACAGACGUUUAGCCACCAGACAUUUGGCUUCAGCGUUAAGGACAGAAGGAGAGGAGAGAGUGGAUGCUGCUAAGGCAGGAUCUGUACUAAACCUACGACCAGGAACAAAGCAGCGUCGCAGAAAGAAACUAGAUAUACAUAGCUGCUCUGAAAACCUGAAGAGACAGUGCAGCCACUUGAUGACAGGAUGUUGUCCUGAGUCUGAUGCCAUGAGGACACAUUCUGGGCAAAACAGAAAAGAAACAAAACCCAAAUUCGCACCAGAGAGAGAGAGCUGCCUCACCUGUAGCUGUUCAAAGCAGAAAGAGACACUUUGGUUUUGAUUAUUGUUGUUAAUUCUGAUUAUCAUGUACCAAGGCUAGAUGAACUGAACUGAACUGUUGAGGUGAAAUGAAAUCCCAGAGAGACAUUUUCUUUGCAAAUCUGAGAAAACCAUUUCCCCUGAACCGCAGCAGAGAGCAGCUGGAUCCAGCACGCCACAGACUGUCGCCACCAUUUGAGUGACUGUUCUUACUUUUUACUUUGGCCCGUUCUAUAACAGGCCACAUGUGUGACAGUAAGACGAGCGAUAUCUACCUCUCCACGGGACACCGCCACAGUUGCGUGACUUUGAAGCGUGUGAAUUGACGGAGGCCUCGCCACGUGACGGGAGACGGGCCUUUUGUGUGCUUCCCGGCACUGUGACGGAUAUCCAACCAGACAACCCCCCCUGAAUUUUUUAACAUUUGUAUUUAUUCUUGUCUGUCAAGAGCGUCUCUGUGCUUGUACAGUCUUAUUUCAUGUGGCACUUGAGUGUUACUUCACUUUCAAAGACUGCUUGUCCUACAUAUUUCAAAGUGUCGUUGUGAAGUAGGGCAGGUGUGUGCACGUAAAUGUCUACAAAAUCUAUUUCAUUCAUUAAAACACCAGAUUAUUCAACUUAAUGUAUACCUACAUGCACAUCUCUUAUAUCUAAAUAUAAAUCUCUUAUUUAAUUUCGAGCUUUUGGAAAAUGUUAUCUUGUUUGUGUGCGUGUGGAAUCUAAAUUUAUCAGUGCCAAACACCUAAUUAAAAUGUUUUUCUCUCUGA